AUGGAUUGCUUGGAGCCAAUUACCAACUUCUUCCGCGGUCUCCUCCGCCGCUGCCGCCGCCAGCAGGAAGCUCCCUCGUCUGGGCUGGCCAUCCAGGUUCCAGAAUUCGACAUCCCUCCAGUGCACAAGCUGAGGGAGAUGUCUGCGGCCUGGAUACCCCAUUCUAGGGCGUCGAGUGCUGGUGGUGGUUGUGGAGCUGCUGGUGCUGUUAUUGCCGUUCCUGCUCCUGCCGUAGCACCUACUCCUGCUCCUGCCACUGCCGCCACACCACCACCCUCUGCUCCCUUCUCCGACGUCGCCGCACCACCACCACCAACCCCUUCCCUCUCACCCCUCUCCGGCCAGCUCGCCACCAUCCCCCCUCUCCUCCUCCCAUCCAUAACUUCCCCUCCUCCUUCCUCAUCCUCCAAUAACACCACCACCACCAACCUCCGCAUCCUUUCAGUCUUCGAUCUCACCUACAACGUCUCCCCUCAAGAUCGAGCCACCAUCUUCACAACCCCCAUCAUCUCUUCCCUCGCCAUGGCAUCCUCCUCCUCAGCACCUCAUAACGCCGGACUCUCCCAAUCCUGGAUCUCCCCCGCCGCCUCCAACGCCGCGCGCUUCACGCGCGUGCAGACCGUCGCUUCACACCUCCAUCUCCUCAAAAGUCCUUUCUUCCCAAAAACAGCAACAAAAUACAACGCGCACAAUGCUGCGUAUGCAGGAGAUUUAGCUCGUCGCCAGAGACGAGUCCUUGAAGGCAGGAUUAGAGAGUUGGAGGGUCGGAGGAGGGAGAGAGAAAGGGUUGAGAGUUUGAGUUUGAGUUCGGGUUUGGAAGGGGGUUUGUACGGAAAGGUGAACUUCAGGAGAGAUGAAGAGGUGAAGAUUGCGAAGUGUGAACUUACCUGGGCAUUUAAGGGUGAGAAGGUGGUUACUGAGGAGGAGAAGUGUGCUGAGGUUGGGUGGUAUGUGGGGUAUAGUGGGGUGUUAGGGGAGAAGACUUGUUUUUGGGGUGGGAGUGAGGGAGGUUUGAGGGAGGGGAGGGUGGAUGAGCGGAGGGGGAUGAGAGCGUUUUGGCCGGAGAUGGGAGAGUUGAAGAUGGAGGGUGAGAUGAGGGUUAGGAAGACGCGUGAGUUUCCCCUUCUAUUUUGCUUAUGA